AAAUCUUAUUGGUCGAAUAAAAGAUAUCACCUCUACCAUGAGCUCCGAUGGCUUUUUCCUUUAGGUCAAUAUGGCUAAUGGAUACCCGACAUUUGUUAAAGCGUUCUUUGUACCAAGAAGUCUUCAUUUUAUUGGUUGUGUUGGUUAUAGCGGGUUUUUCUUCUUCUUUUCAUCCUGUAUCUUGUAACCUUUGCCACCCAGCAGAUUAUUUCUGUAGCCAGAGAACUAAGAUGCUCAAAAGAUACAAUGGUGGGUGUCUGGUCCAUCCCCGCAAUUCUUCUAUGCGAGUGACUGGUCACAUGUGAACCAGCCUGUGUUUUUAAGAAGUUCUCUGUCCUGGAGAACAAAUGUUGUCCUGGACACUUAUGCCAGAGAUUCAAUGCAAAUGGCACCUCCGCUUGUUGAGCUGGUGCAGCGUGUGGAGAGGCUGUCUGUGGCUUGGGCCAUGCCGGGCUUGCUGGUGGACACUGGGCCCUCUGGAUUAUUCAUUCUUCUUAUGAAACAGGUCCUUUUGAGUGUUGAUGCCACACACGCAAGUGGCUGUGUCAUUGAGUGCAGGUGCCUACCCCACGGCUGCCAUUUUGUCAGCUCCAGCAUGGCAGGAGGCUUCUUGCCUGGGGGGGCUCAGUGGGGAAAGGUGCUGCGGGUCCGUGUCAAGCCGGCAGUGGACGGCCAGCGCGCGCGCAGUGCCCCGGCCCGGCGGGAGAGCUCUGCCGCUUUCAGACGGAACAGGAGGUCCAGAGGCCCCGGUGACACCUCGAGGACACCACUUCCUCGCCCCCCCCAGCAACGCUCCAAGGGAGGAGGGGCGAGAGGGCGCAGCUGCAGCCAGGCAAUGAGGUGCGCGCGCCUGCUCGGCCCACGCGAGAACAGCGUGUUUCCCUCGCGCGAAGGGCGGGGGAAGGGCAGGAAGGGCGUGGCCAAUCCGAGGGCCGGAACGCACGUCACGCACAGCCAAUCAGGAACGCGCUCACCAGGGCGUCGCGAGGCUAGCUUGCCCGCGCGCCCGGAGCCCCUUGCCUCGCAGCCUGCUGGCGACUCGCUGCCGCCUGCCUCCUCACUCCAGGCUGCUGCGUCGCGCCGGCACCCGGCGGUGUGGGGGCGGGGUCCCGGGUGUGGGCCACGUGAUGGGCUUAGCAGCCAAUGAGGAAGGCGGGCGGCGGCGCGCGACACGCGAGGGCCUCCAGCGCCGCUAGCGGGGCGCGUGGGCCGCGGGGAGGAUCGGCGCCGUGUAGAGCCGGCGGCGGGAAGCAGGAUGGUGAGCACAGGAAGAGAACUGCCAGAAAAUCUUUGAAAAACUUGCUGUUAAAUUAAGAGAAUUUACUACUGUGUCCAUCAUGGAGAAACCACAGUUUGUUUUGGGUAACCGGGAAAGUGGGACUGUGUCUGGUGCAGCACCCACUUUUUUUGUUAUCUUGAAACAGCAGCAAGGAAAUGGGAAAGCUGAUCAAGGAAUUCUGGUAGCGAAUCGCGAUGCUUGUGCUCUUGCCAGCAGUGUGACAAAUCCAGUCAAAUCCAAAGUCAAGACCUGCCUUCCAGCUGAUUGUGUCUCAGGGGGCAUCACUGUCACCCUGGAUAACAACAGUAUGUGGAAUGAGUUCUACCAUCGCAACACUGAGAUGAUUCUGACCAAGCAGGGGAGGCGUAUGUUCCCAUACUGCCGGUACUGGAUUACAGGCCUAGAUUCCAACCAGAAAUACAUUUUAGUCAUGGACAUCUCUCCUGUGGACAAUCAUCGCUAUAAAUGGAAUGGUCGUUGGUGGGAGCCCAGUGGGAAGGCUGAGCCCCAUGUUCUGGGGCGAGUGUUUAUUCAUCCAGAGUCACCUUCUACUGGUCAGUACUGGAUGCACCAGCCAGUGUCUUUCUACAAACUCAAGCUUACCAACAAUACUCUGGACCAGGAAGGACAUAUUAUUUUGCACUCCAUGCACCGCUAUCUGCCACGACUUCAUUUGGUACCUGCAGACAAAGCCACAGAAGUUAUCCAGCUAAAUGGCCCUGAUGUCCACACCUUUACCUUCCCACAGACCGAAUUCUUUGCUGUGACAGCCUAUCAGAACAUUCAGAUUACACAACUGAAAAUAGACUACAACCCUUUUGCUAAAGGAUUCAGAGACGAUGGACUGAACAGUAGACCUCAACGUGAUAUAAAGCAAAAUAACUCGGAACAGGAGGGAGGUAGUGUUUCUAGCUCUCCCAGCAAUCGUGGUCGUUCCAUGGAAGCUGAUGGAUUAGAUUCACAGCAGAGGGAUCUAGAGUCUUCAUUCAGUGGUCAGAAUCCAUCAGAUGUAGACUUGGAGAAAGAAUCCUUUAAUGCAGAACGGGACUUCCUAGGCUUCCUGGAUGCUGACAUGCCUUCUGGUGGUGUGCCAAAGUUAAAGCAAGAAGUAUCUGAAAGUCCCAUCGCUAGCAGUUAUGAAAGCAGCUCCCGAGUGGCAUCUCCGUUGGACCCAAAUGGACAUUUCAAUGUAGUUGUUAAAGAGGAGCCAGUGGAUGACUAUGCUUAUGGGUCAAGUGCAUGCAUAGAAGGAGUAACUGUGAAACAGGAAGAUACAGAUGAGGAAACUGAUGAGUAUUCCAACAGUGAUGAUGAUCCCAUACUAGAGAAACAACUAAGGAAACACAGCGAGCUCGAUGGAAAAGAAGCAGACGUCAGGUCCAGGAAACGGAUACUAACCAGCCCUUCAGGUGUUGCUAAAGCCAAAAUGUUAAAAUUGGAUAGUGGGAAGAUGCCAGUAGUUUAUUUGGAGCCCUGUUCAGUCGCUAAGAGUACAGUGAAAAUCUCUGAGCUGCCAGAGACCAUGCUCUCAUGUAAGAAAGAUAAAUCCUCUUUGAGUGCAAUACUAGAUUCCUUGCCUGCCUAUUUUGAAAAUCACAAGGGUUCUUGCUUAGGCAUGGCCAUGGAAACUGAGAAAGUAGCUGUGAGAAAAAUGUCUCCUGGAAACAAAGUGCUACAGAAAUGCUAUUCAGUCAAAGAGAGACAAUGGACCAUAUCUAAAUCCUCUAAUCUCAAUCCCAGGGGCUCUGCAGGUAGCUCUUUUUCAGCUAAACAUGUCACUGGAAGAAAAAAAACAAGAGUAUUAAAGAAUUCCAUGUCCCAGAAGAGCACUGGUACUAAUCAAAACUCUGUGUCAUCAGGCCCAAGUAGAAGAGGAAGGCCGCGGAAACUGAAGAUCUCCAAGGCUGGACGACCCCCUAAAAACCUGGGAAAGACCGCAGUGACAAGCAAGAAUGCUUCUCUUGGACCAGGAAAUAUCCUUCCAGAUGUUAAGCCGGAUCUUGAGGAUGUGGAUGGAGUCCUCUUUGUGUCCUUUGCAUCAAAGGAAGCACUUGAUAUUCACACUGUUGAUAGAGCUGGAGGAGAAGAGUCACAGAACGUACGGACCCCCAUGCUAGCUUCAAGUGAUCCAGCUUGCGAAGCACGAAUAUGCCAUCUUGAAAAAGAACUCAUGGAAGAUCUAAAGUCGUUGAGGCACAAGCAAGUGAUACAUCCUAGUCUUCAGGAAGUGGGACUGAAGUUGAACUCUGUGGACCCAACACUGAGCAUUGACCUAAAAUACUUGGGUGUGCAGCUGCCACUCUCCUAUUCAAAUUAUUCUUUGUGGAACUACCCAGGAGCCAAUCCAAGUUCUCCAGAUGGUGCGUUUCCCUUUGUUUCCAGGACAGGGAAGACAAAUGAUUUCACCAAGAUCAAGGGUUGGCGAGGGAAGUUUCAUGGUGCUUCUAGAAAUGAAGGUAGUAGCUCAGAGGGCUCUUUGAAGAACCGCUCUGCGUUUUAUAGUGACAAACUGGAUGAAUACCUGGAAAACGAAGGGAAGCUGAUGGAAACAAGCCUGGGAUUCUCUCCUAGUGCUCCCACCUCUCCUGUGGUUUAUCAGCUUCCAACAAAGAGCACUAGCUAUGUACGAACUCUGGACAGUGUUCUAAAGAAGCAAUCUAACAUAACUCCAUCAACAUCUUACACUUUCAAGCCUUUAUCAGUGUCUUCUACCUCUAGGAGGACAAAGACUCAGAAUAAACAGGCUGCUUCAAACAGCCGCUCAAAACCAUCUUACAAACCUAUACUGCCUUCACCUGUUGUUGUGAAGCAGAAACAUGGCUUUUCAGGGUCAGGGGAGCGAGUCACUAAGUCUGCAGCAAGUAGCAGUGCUGCUAAUCAAGGAGAUAAUUUUAUGGUGCCAGCUCUAGAUGAAAACAUGUUGCCAAAGCAGAUUAGUCUGCGUCAGGCACAGCAGCAGCAGGCUGCUCGUCUACCAGGUUUGUCCAAAUCUCAAGUGAAGCUGAUGGACUUGGAGGACUGUGCACUUUGGGAUGGAAAACCGCGGACCUAUAUCACAGAAGAACGAGCGGACAUAUCUCUGGCGACUCUGCUCACUGCUCAGGCUUCUCUUAAAAAUAAACCUAUCCACAAAAUAAUCAGAAGGCGAGCACCUCCUUGCAACAAUGAUUUCUGCCGUCUGGGUUGCAUCUGUGCUAGUCUUGCCCUGGAGAAGCGACAGCCUACCCAUUGCCGCAGGCCAGACUGCAUGUUUGGCUGCAUAUGUUUGAAAAGAAAAGUGUUGCUGAUAAAAGGUGGUUCCAGGCACAAGAGAAUCUUGAAGAGGGCUGUGCGUGGAAGCCUUGUCUUCUAUGGAACACCAGGGGAAGAGCAUCAAGAAGAAGAAGAGGUGGAAGGGGAGCGUGAUGGGGAAGAUGAGCUGAAACAGAAAGACAGGAAGAAGAGAAAGAAAGUGGAAUACACUAUUUGUGAUACAGAACCAGAGCAGCCUGUUAGGAACUGCCCACUGUGGGUAAAAGUUGAAGGUGAGGUAGAUCCAGAACCUAUUUACAUCCCAACACCAUCUGUCAUUGAACCAGCAAAACCUAUGGUGCUGCCUAACCCAGAAGUUUUGCCCUGCAGUCGAAGCAGAUCUUCCAGUACGGUCAAACCAGGACGAGUGUACACUCCCAAACCCAACCCAGUGAUUCGAGAGGAGGACAAGGAUCCUGUCUACUUGUACUUUGAGAGUAUGAUGACUUGUGCUCGGGUCCGAGCAUAUGAACACAAGGUGGAGGAGAAAAAACAACAGAAGAACCAGAAUAUCAGUAAUUUGAAGAACUGUAGCAUAAAGGAAAGCUUAGGAAAUGAUUCUGAGCAUCAGUCUCCUAAAAGAGAAACUUGUGAAAUGGAGAAAGAUACUGAUAAGUCAGAAGAGAAAAGCUGGUGGUCUUCCUGUAGUGAGGGGGAAUCCUCCUCCACCUCCUAUGUUCAUCAAACCACUCCAGGUGGGCCAACCAAACUUAUCGAGAUUAUCUCUGACUGCAACUGGGAGGAGGAUCGCAAUAAGAUAUUGAGCAUCCUAUCACAGCAUAUCAACAAUAACAUGCCACAGUCAAUCAAAGUGGGUAGCUUCAUUAUUGAGUUGGCUUCAGAACACAAACCCCAGGAUGAGAAGAGUCCUCCCAGCUACUCCUCCAGAGUGAAAAUCUCAAUGCCAUCCUACCAGGACAAGGGAGAGAUGCCCGAGACACCUGUCUUGGAGACUCCUGAUAGUGAAGUGUCAUCAUGCAAAAAAACAGAGAAUCUAAAGUUCUUGCAGGCAGACACCUUGGACAAACAACAAGAGAAGUUGCAUGGGGGCAAAGGUUUGCCUUUUUAUACAGGGCUUUCUCCUGCAGGAAAGCUGGUCGCCUACAAACGCAAAGCUAAUAUGAGCCCCUCAGGCUUGAUUCAGGUUAAUGGUAAAAGUUACCCUCAGGCCAAACUGCUUUUGGGACAGAUGGGGGCUUUGCAUCCAGCCAAUCGGCUAGCUGCUUAUAUCACAGGCAGGCUGCGACCCACAGUACUUGAUAUCUCAACUCUCAGUACUGUGAUCUCCAAGGUAGCAUCCAAUGCUAAGGCAGCUGCUUCCAGGACACCAUCAGUCCAGGUGCCCACAACAUCAGCUCCCAAAACUACAUCCUCCACCAGCACUACUUCAACCCCCACUGUGACGACUCUGAAAGCUCAUGUCCCAGCACAGAGACAGAUAGCUGCUCGACCCUCACCUGGUGGUGUGUUCACACAGUUUGUGAUGAGUAAAGUUGGAGCUCUGCAACAGAAGAUUCCUGGAGUGAGCACACCACAGCCCCUGACAGGGCCACAGAAGUUCAAUAUCAGGCCUACACCAUUAAUGGUCGUCAGUCCCGUGGUUCCCUCAAGGCCAUCUCCGGUAUACUGCACACUCUCUUCUGGGGUCACUGCAGCUACCACCACCUCUCCAGUUACAUUAGAAAGUGUUACCACUGUGGCACCAUCUACUGUGGCAACAACUACUGUGACCACAACUGGCCCUACAGGAGCUAAUGAAUCUACCUACUCUCCUCCCGGCAUUGCCAUUACAGGUGCUCCUGGAACAUCUGGAACCAACGCCUGUACUACUGCCUCACCCAGCACACCUACUGCCACUGUGAACAUAGCAAAAACAACUGAGAUGGCUACACCAGUAGCAACGGUAUCAUUUCCUAAAUCUGUAGUAACGUCACCAACAGUUACUCAUCCUGUUCCCACCACCUCCACUUCCACAGUUGUGACGACAACUGCAGUAGUGACAUCCACGGUGACCACGCCAACUUCAUCUGUUGGUUCUGUUCCUAUUAUACUCUCGGGGAUUAAUACAGGUCCUUCAUUGAAUCCAAGACCGGAAGAUGCUGCUCCUCUUACUACAACUGCAAAUCCCCAGGGGCUGCCUUCUGGAACAGAAAAGCGUGUGGGACCUCGAUUACUACUGAUUCCAGUUCAAGGCGCUCCUCCUUUGCGACCCCUCCACAAUGUGCAGCUUGCUCAGGGACAGAGGAUGGUUUUGCAGCCUCUCAGGAGCCCUGGUGGGGUAAACCUGUUCAGACAUCCUAAUGGGCAGAUCAUUCAGCUUGUCCCACUGCAUCAGCUCCGAGCUGCUGGCACCCAACCCAAUGUUCAGCCAGUAAUGGUCCGUAAUCCAGGAUCUGUUGUAGGAAUUCAGUUGCCUGGACCUUCUAAGCCUCCUGAGACGCCUGUAUCUCCUACUCUCUCCACUCCUGUGUCUUCUGUUUCCCCUGUAACAAGCCCAGUAGUACAGACUGUGGGGUCCAAGUCUCCACAAGCAGCUAAUCUGGUCACUCAAGCAUCAUCCAUCCUACCACCAGUGCCCUGUUUUGUAUCACAAGCAAGCACUCUGACUCUGAGGAUCUCACCUCCAGCUUCCAGCACCAUGGCAGGUCAAACGUGCUCUGAAACUAAAGUAACCCAAAGCUCAGGAGGUCAGCCAACUAGUGCUUCCAAUCUCAUACCACUUCAGUCUGGCAAUUUUGCUUUGCUUCAGCUCCUAGGACAGAAGUCUGUUCCAAACUCCAUUCUACAUCAUGUGGCAUCCCUUCAGGUAAAGAAGGAUUCCAAGAAUGUAAGCCAGAAAGAAGAGGAGUUCAUUCCUACUAAGCAGCAAGAGGAUGAAAAGCCAGAAGAGGUUGAAGUUAUGGAAUCGGAGGUCACAGUGUCAGACAGCAAACCAGAGGAAAAUGAAUUGUCAGUAGAUCAGUUAACUAGUAGUGGGGAGUCAGCAGCUAGUAUGAUGUUAUCUGACAGAAACUCUGUUGCAUCCGAAACAGCUGACAGAGAUUCAGAGAUGCUGGAGGAUUACUCAAAUGACACUUCCACCUUCCAACAUGAUGUGUCUGCUGAUGUGAUAUCAUCAGACCACUCGUACAUCAGUGAGAAAAAUAAAGUUGUCACUGAGAAGAAAGAGACACCUGUAGAUUCUGAAGAGGCAUCAGGGGAGGUUUCAGAUAAUGCUGAAACUGUUUUGGAAGUAUCAGAACAAACCGGUCUGAUAGCAGAUGAGCCUGCAAAUACUACAUGUCCACUGAGUUUCGGGAAGCAGGAAGAGGCUGCAGAGGCCAUGGAAUUAAAGAGCUGUGGGGUGGAACAAAUGAACUCUGAACAGGCAGAGAGCCCAGAUACUAAUCAGGAGGAAAAUGCACAGUUGCAGAACAAAGGGAAGGACACUGUGGAUGCUGCACAGCCACAGAGUCCACAGGAGAAGCAAGAGCAUUAUGCAGAGUUGGUGAGCAAAGAGGAGCAGAAGACUCAGCCUCCUGACAACCAGAAAAAACCUGAAGGCAGUGCUGCACAGUCAGAGGUCAAAAAAGAAUGUGCGGGAUCUACAGAGGCAGAGAGUAUCAGGGAAGAAGAAGGAAAUAAAUCUGAGAUCAGUCACACAGGGAAGAAGUAUACAACCUCAGGAGAGAAACAUGUACGAAGUGAUGAGGGCUGUAAAAGUUUGGUAAUCCAAGAAAGCCAUGACACACCUAACCAAGAGCAAGGCACUGCUGAUUUGCAGGAAAAAGGUAAAACUGGUAAGGUCGAUUCAAAACGUGUCAGUGAUUCUGGGAACAAAAUAUCUAGUCAUGCAACCACUUCCAAAAAUAAAAGCAGUGCAGAGAAUGAUGGCAAAACUGAGAAAUCUGCUAAAGAUUAUCUCCUAACACCAGAAGAUAGAGCACAAGAAUUCAAACAUCACAAAAAGGGUUAUAUACCCACUGCUGAUACUGCUCUUGAUUACAUGGAAGAGGAGGAUGAGGAUGAUGAAAAAACUGAUGAUUCUGCUGAUGAGAUGCUAGAUGGAGCUUCUGACUUUCAAAGUGAAGAGGAAGUGGAUGUUGAAAAACUGGUCUCCUUUAGCUCAUCAGAGAGAAGCCCCACUGCUGUUAGACAUGAUGUAUAUUGGCUGAAGAAGAAGGAAGGAAGAACUAAUUCAUGCAAGUACAGCGAGGAUGAAGAGCAGGUGGACAUUGAAACAGUGGAAGAACUCUCAGAGAAGAUUAAUAUUGCCCGUCUGAAGGCUACUGCUGCUAAUAUUCGACCUUCCAAGCAGAAAUACCAUAUUCGCAGCUCUUCAGAUGAGAAAACAACAGAAAAGUCUACUAAGAAACCUCAAUUUUGGAACAGAAAGCAAAAGAGUGAGGCAGAGGCUUUUGCUCAUUACCGCCAGACGCACACAGCAAAUGAACGUCGACGCCGCAAUGAAAUGAGGGAUCUCUUUGAGAAGCUGAAGGGAGCUUUGGGACUGCACAACAUUCCAAAGGUCUCCAAGUGCUACAUCCUCAAACAAGCCUAUGAAGAAAUUCAAGGGUUGACUGAUCAGGCAGAUAAACUGAUUGGACAGAAGAACUUACUGACUCGCAAACAGGAUGCUUUGAUCCGCAAAGUAUCCACUCUUUCAGGUAAAACAGAGGAGGUGGUCCUGAAGAAGCUAGAAUACAUUUAUGCCAAACAAAAAGCAGUAGAAGCACAAAAGAAGAAACAAGUAGAACCAAAGGAGUCUUCUGUCACCAUUAUGCCCAAUAGACAGCAAGAAGGAUCCAUUGCUUCCUCCAGAGAGCUGGGACAAAUGAUUGUAACAAAUCGGCGAGGGAAGCCGCUGAUACUUGCUAGGAAGGGAAACCAAGCUACAGAGGAAACCACAUCCCCUCCUCUGACAUUAACUACUGCCAGCCUAGUGAUGACUCCACAAGGGCAGGUACUCACAUUGAAGAGCCCCCUAAUGCCGGGACAGAUGGCAGCUGUUCCUUCCACACUCUUGCAAGCUGAGCUAAAGCCUCAAACUGCCAGCAACACUGUGACAGCACAACCAGGUAUUACUUCUGUGAUGAUUCAGCUACCUGGCUCACCAGUUCCUGUUCAAGUAAAAGGAAUCUUCACUAACUCCACCAUUCCCAUUGCUCUGUCAGCUGUUGCUGGAAACCCAGUACCACCAGCUGUAGUAACAGCUGUAGAGCCCAGUUCAGAGAGUGAAGAUUUGUUCAUGAUGCCAAAAAUUGUUAAUGUGACAUCAUUGGCUGCUGAAGGAGGCAUGAGUUUAAACCUCAGUAGAAACAAGAGUUCUCAAAUAACCCCUGGUGCAAGUGCCCAAACUUCUGAGCAGCCCUUGAAAACAGGACUCCGUGAAAGCAGGCAGAAUGAAGGCAUUCUUUCUGAAGAGAAAGCCAAGGCAUGUUCUGGCAGUAGCGUUGGAGAUGGGAAAAGUGCCAAAGGACCCACACCAGUUUUUCUUGAAAAUAAAGACAACAGCAUGUCACAGCUACGGAAUGCAUCUUCUGCAAAGGACUCUCAAGAGCCAUUUACCACAAAACUCUGCCUUGGAGAGUUCAUUGGAUGCCAAGGGAGAAGGAAGGAUGCUGAUCAGGGAGGAGAAAGGUUGAAGGCAAAGGAUUCUCCAUUCCGUAAACUGCAGAUUAAAGAGUUCAAAGACUCCAGGAUAGAAAUGGAGUUGAGAAAAGUCGCCUCUGCAAUAGAGGAAGCAGAACUGGACCCAAGUGAGAUACUGGGUGGUAUUGAGGAGAGUGAUGACACUGAUGAAACUCUCACUUCGCUUCUCAAUGAAAUUGCCUUUCUCAAUCAACAGCUUAAUGAUGACAAUUCGAGCAUGUCAGAAUUGCCUAGCACCCUGACCUCAGACUUUUCUCCAGGAGACUUAGAAACUCGACGAGGAGCAGCCAGUGAUCUAGUCGCUGCAGAUGGCACAUCCUUCCAGUUUGGCCACUUGGGUGGAAGUUUCAGACCUUCGGACCUUUCUGAAGUUCGAGAGGGUAGUGGCUCCAUCAGUCCUCUGCUGCUUCACUUGGAAGAUGAUGACAUAACUGAUGGAGAGAAGAACUCUGGAGAACCUUCAAGUGAAGCAGACAUUUUGAAAAUAGUAAUAGGCUCUGGAAUGAAGGAUGCACUUCCUAACCUCUCAGUGGCUGGUGGUAGAAGUGGUAAAACCUUAAAACCUAUGGCAGAGCCUCCCAGUGUGACUCCUCCAGUCCUGCAGAUGAAGACUAAUUCAGAAGCUGGUACUGACACUUUGUGGAGGCCCAUGCCAAAGCUGGCACCACUUGGAUUAAAAGCAGCAAAUCUUCCAUUAGACUCAGAGGGACAGGGAACUAAAGUGAUGCCUUUAUUGGCUCCAGUGGUUGCAAAACUGACACCAGUUGGGUUAAAAACUGCUUUACCUAUGGGUGUUCCAGAAGGGCAAGAUAACAAAGCAAUGCCCAUUUUGGCACCUGUGGUUGCAAAAGUGAACAGUACUGGGACCUUGCCUCCAAAUACUGCAAGCAAAUGACUGCUUGGAUUUUUCAGAGACAGAAAGGGAAAUCUGGAGCAGUUAGGCCUUUAACAGGAAUUUGGUGUCUGAGUUUUACCACUUCCCGUGUCACCACAACUUGUUCUUGUUGUUCUGCAGAGGAAGUAUGGCAUCAGCAUUCUGUUCUGAAAGAGGGCAGGUCCCAAACUAAAACAUCAGUGCUAUGAAACUUUAAUUGCAUUAACAUAUUUUACCUCAGUAUUGUUUGGGGUAUUAACCCUGCUCCCCCCCUUCCCCAUGAAAAGAAGGAAGCUGAUCUGUAACCAUUGAUGGACGUGUGGUAUCCUUCCAAUGGUGUCUAGGAAAGCAGAGAUUUGAUGGGCACAGACAGUUGAGAUGUUUGUUUCUGAACAGACUCGGCUGCUUCUAGAUGAAGGGAAUCAGGGGUGCUAGUUUUUGUAUCAGUCAAAUUAUCUAUGCAGAAGUAGGGUUGUUCACCUGUUUAGUUUUUGAAGAGCCCACAGCCUGUGGUGAACCUGUGGAAAGGAGAUGGAAAUGACCUUGUUCACACAAGUUACCCUAAAGGAAGGAAGGAAGAGCUGGUGUAGGUUACCCAGAAGGCUGAAGUGAGAAUUUUCCCGUUUGGUGAGAGAGUUAGUCCCCUGCCAACACUCUUCUCUAGAAUAUUUCCACAAUAAAUCUUAAAGCUUACAUAAAGAAGAACAUUUUCCCCAAUUAAAAAAUAAAAUAAAACCACAUGAUAUUCUUCCUUGGGUAAUAAUCCAGGAUGAGAAAAAAACUCUUCAGACAGGAGAAAGGGGCAUAGGUUCUCUUCAGACAGGAGAAAUGCAUUUGAGUACCCGAGUGCAAACAUCUAAAAGGUAUUGCUUAAGUAACUUGUGUUAAUUUCUCUCAUUUCUCUUUUUGUUUCCCUCCCUUCCCCUUAGUUCUCACAGAUGUAGAGAUUUCUGAUACAUUUACAAGAAAUGUUACUUUUU